AUGGUUGAUUUCUUUGAUAACCGUAUCACUGGUCCUGUGCCUUGGAAUCUAGGGAGCUUAAAACGUUUAAGUGUACUUAAUUUUAAUUACAAUCAUCUCGGAAGUGGGCAAUCCAGUGAUUUGAACUUCCUCCCCUUUUUAAAUAAUUGUACAAAUCUGCAAGGGUUGGGUAUAGCUGUCAAUCGUCUAGGAGGCAAAUUGCCUGAUUCCAUAUCCAAUCUCUCGACUCUGCUCAGCAUAUUCUUCAUGGGUUCAAACCUGAUUCAUGGAAGCAUUCCUGAGGGGAUUGGUAACCUUGUCAGUCUCACACUACUUGGCAUGGAGGACAACAUGCUUAGUGGUAGUAUUCCUGUCGCUUGGGGGAAGCUUCAGAAAUUAGUGAAAUUCAAUUUGGCUUCUAACAGAUUGUCAGGUCCAAUUCCUUUCUCCCUGGGCAACUUGACCCAACUGAUUGGAGUCUUCAUGUCAGAGAAUAACUUGGAAGGAAACAUACCUGCUAGUCUUGGAAAUUGUCAAAAUUUGCUAGAAUUGGACUUCUCUUCUAAUAAACUAAAUGGUACCAUACCAAAAGAAGUUAUAGGAAUUCCUUCCCUUUCUAUUUCAUUUAUUGUGGGACGUAAUUCUUUAACUGGUUCAUUACCAUUAGAAGUGGGUAACUUGAAAAAUCUCGGGGCGUUGGUAAUCGCUGAGAACAAUUUUUCAGGUGAAAUACCAAACACACUUGGCAGUUGUGUUAGCUUGGAACACCUAUAUAUGGCCGGUAACUCCUUUCAUGGAUCAUUGCCUCUUUCCUUUGAGAAUUUAAGAGCACUACAAGUUGUGGAUCUUUCACGCAAUAAGCUAUCUGGGGUGAUUCCACAGUAUCUUGGGAAUUUUUCAUCCUUGGAGAGUCUCAAUCUCUCUUUCAAUGAUUUUGAGGGUGAAGUACCAAAACAAGGGAUCUUUGCAAAUGUAAGUGCCAUUUCAGUCAUUGGAAACAAGGGUCUUUGUGGUGGUAUACCAGAACUGCAAUUACCUACAUGCUCCAAAGAAACACCUCAUAAAGAAGGGAAG